AACUGUCCGUCACGUGACACUGAGCGAACUGACGCAUAGAUGCGUCACCGCGAGGGGGAAGAAAACACCCGUUCAAUUGUAUCCCCCGCUCAAACAACGCUGCUCCUAUGCUAGUCCGUUGCAGAGUCAGCGCCCUUUCUGGUCAGGUGACUAUAGCGUGGGUCACAUGAUGCAGAGGGGAGCCUGAGAAGCGUGUGUGCUUGCAGCGCCGGGAUUCUUCGGCUGCAGAAGCCGGUAUGACCCUGGAGGAGGCGGCUUUAUCUCAUGGUCCUGCUACAGCCGCCAGCUUGCUCUUUGUUUUCUCGCGUCGCGGCUGCUUCUUCUCCUCGGACAAGGAUGUUGCGGCUGUGGGGUUUGGCGCUGCUGGGCUGGAGUGCGGCGUUGGUCGCAGCCGCUGCUCCUCGGAACGGGACUUACUGGCUGGACGACGCGGUCGGGCUGGCUCGCGAAUUCGACGGCAUCGGGGCGGUCAGCGGCGGCGGGGCUACCUCCCGGCUUCUAGUGAAUUACCCAGAACCUUAUCGCUCUCAGAUUUUAGAUUACCUCUUUAAGCCAAAUUUUGGAGCUGCUUUGCAUAUCCUCAAAGUAGAAAUUGGUGGUGAUGCACAGUCAACAGAUGGGACAGAGCCAUCUCACAUGCACUAUGAAGAUGACGAAAAUUAUUUCCGUGGUUAUGAAUGGUGGCUGAUGAAAGAAGCUAAAAAGAGGAACCCAAACAUUAAAUUGAUCGGAUUGCCAUGGGCUUUCCCAGGAUGGGUUGGGAAGGGUAAGAACUGGCCGUAUGAUUAUCCGGAUGUGACAGCUUUUUACAUUGUCUCCUGGAUUAUAGGUGCUAAAAGGUUUCAUGAUUUGGACAUCGACUACAUUGGGAUUUGGAAUGAACGGUCUUUUAACAGUAAAUACAUCAAGGUACUCCGUGGCACUAUGGACAGAGUGGGUGUACAGAACGUUGGCAUUAUCGCUGCGGAUGGAGAGUGGGACAUUGCCAAACAAAUGCUAGUUGAUCCCUAUCUUUAUGCUGCUGUUGAGAUAGUAGGGGCUCACUAUCCAGGGACAAGAACAGUGCCUGAAGCCUUGUUGACCAAAAAGAAACUCUGGUCUUCAGAAGACUACAGCACCUUCAACAAUGAAGUGGGUGGAGGUUGCUGGGCACGGAUCCUAAACCAAAACUAUGUGAAUGGGAAGAUGACCGCCACUAUUGCUUGGAAUUUAGUGUCUAGCUACUAUGAAGAGUUACCUUUUGGUCGGUGUGGCUUAAUGACAGCACAAGAGCCGUGGAGUGGAUCUUACACUGUGAAUUCUCCCAUAUGGAUCACAGCGCACACAACCCAGUUCACACAACCUGGCUGGCACUACCUGCAAGUAGAUGGACAUUUGGAAGGAGGCGGCAGCUAUGUGGCUCUGACUGAUGGACAAGGCAAUCUUACUAUCAUCAUUGAAACAAUGACAUAUCGCCACUCUGCAUGCAUCAGGCCGCCUCUGCUUCCAUUCAUUGUGUCGCCCCAGAAAUCAACGUUCCACCUCAAAGGCUCCUUUAGUAAAGUGAAAGCUCUUCAGAUGUGGUACUCAAAGCUUGAAUUUACAUCAGCAAACUCCACGUUAUUCAAGUCACUUGGGCCUAAAACUGUCUCUGAAGGGGUGUUGACUGUAGAUCUGGGCCUGGAUGAAGUCUAUACUUUGACAACCCUGACAACAGGCAAUAAAAGGUCCUUCUCGGAUUCUCCUCCAUCCCACCUUUUCCCUUCAGAUUACAAGGAUGAUUUCAACAUACGAAACCCACCUUUCAGUGAGGCGCCCAACUUUGCCGAUCAGACGGGGGUGUUCGAGUACUUUGUAAACACUUCUGACCCAGGGGAGCACGUCUUUACCCUCCGACAGGUGGUGACGCAGAGACCUAUAACUUGGGUUACUGAUUCAAAGAACCCCAUCAGCAUUAUAGGAAACUACAAAUGGGUAAACCUAGCAAUAACUUGUGAUGUUUACAUAGAAUCAGAUAAAGGAGGUGCUUUUAUAGCUGGAAGAAUCAACAAAGGUGGGAUAUAUAUCAGUGAUGCGAAAGGAGUUUUCUUCUGGGUGUUUCCAGAUGGCACCUACAAGGUCACCAAUGAUCUCUAUGGUGAAAAUAUCUUGAUGAAAGGGCUGUCUGGUGUUCGGGCCAAAGUGUGGCAUACACUUACUCUAAUUAUCAUGGGCUCCAAUGCUUCCGGCAUGUUGAAUGGCUAUCCCCUCUGGGAGAAUGUCACCAUAUCUGAGCCGGCGAAUGGCUGGGCUGCUAUUGGAACACACUCUUUUGCAUUUACACAGUUUGACAACUUUCAUGUUCAGGCCUCCUGAGGCUUCUGUCACACAUGGACAAGUCGGUUCUUUUCUCCUCCUUUGAACUAGUGCCAGUUCAAAUCUUGAAAAUCAUUUUUUUUUAAAUGAAUGAUAGUGGGAACCUUUCCUCCCCUGCUGCUUUUAUGAAUGAAUUUGGCUUCUAAAAUGUAAAUAUGUCUGUACCCUCCUAAUUAGGAUGUUCUCAGAAUUCAUACUUAUCUCCUGGGAUGAAAGCCUUGGUUUUAGACAGGGUCUCCCCCCCCCCCUUUUAUGAGCUAUAGUAGGAAUGAAACACUACUAGCCUUCUAAGUUUGUAUAUAAACAUUUAACAUUAAUUUAGGCAAUAUGAACAGGGUCACCUCACACGACAACUAUUUUUCAACACUUCUAAUACCUGUGCAUUGCAUUCUAGGGAUGUGCACGAAUCGCAAUUCGAUCGUCGGCUCGCAGCACAGCCCAGGCACCUUUUUAAAGGGAGGAGAGCAGGUCCAUACCAUCUCCACCGCUGGAGCUGCCUGCUGCAUCUCGGCGCCCUUGUGCACUGGUGGCGCUCCCCCCAGCUGCCUUUGUAUGACGGUGGCACACACGUGGCCUCCGCACGUGCAUGGAGACCAUGUGCAUGCCACUGACGUGUGAGGGCAGCUGGGGGGGGGGUACAUUCCUGCGAGAACUAAGAUGCAAAAAACCGUGCAGAGAUAAUUGCUCAGAGACCAAAGGAAUACUAAUGGUAGCAGAACCUCUACUAAUACUGGAAAAAUAACCAGAAAUUCAUAUGGAGGAAAAAAGGCAAUAAUAUCUGAGAAACAAAUUCAAGAUGCUAUCUUAGAAUGAAACCAUAUCAGUCAUAGUCCAGUAAACUGGAACAAGUACCAGUGGUCUGACAAAAAUACUAGACAUGCAUAUACAUUCCUGCAGCAGGUAGCUGCAGCAAGUGGCGGAGAAGCAGGUAUGGACCUGCUCUCCUCCCUUUCAAAGGUGCCUGGGCUGUUCUACAAAUCGCCGAUCAAAUUGCAAUUCAUACACACUGCUAUUCCAUUCCUUUCACCAAACUUCCACUUUCCAUCAGAAAAUUCCCCGGAUAUAUCUGACUCUGCAUAUAUGCAGAAGUCAGAUAAUCGAAAGCUAUCCCACCCACCCCCCCCCCCGCCGCCCACUUUGUGCUUUUAUAUCUGAGGUGAUAGAAUAAAGGGCUCGAUAGAUUUAAAUGCCUUCUCCCAGGAAAUAAGAGAUUUCGCUCCUAGCCUUUAAAGUCUUAAUUCAUCACACUAUUUUGGAUGGCUGACCGGGUAGCUUAUGAAGUGUAUUUUAAACUACCUCCUCUGCUAAUAGCAGUGUAGCGAAUACAUUGAAAGUGCCUGUCACUUAUGAUCGCCCAAGAACUUAUAUGGCCUUCAAUUGUCUGUUUCUUGUUGUAAGUGGGAGUGUGUGUGUGUGUGGGCGGGGGGGGAAUCUGAAAAUUCAAUGGAAAUAGUUUCCUUCGGGUCUAUGGGGAACACCUCUCAGGCAGCCUCCACACAGUUGCCUUAAGAGCUCUUGAGGCUGCCAGGCAUAUAACCAGGCUGGGGCAGCAUCAGAAGUCAGUCGGCUUAGGCACUGACCUGAGUGACGGUCCCCAGCCAGCCUUGCCGACCCCUGUACACUCCCAGUACCUUUGGCAGCAUUGUGCAAGUCCGCCAAGAGACCCGUCCAUCACUGCUUCACCUGGCACCAGGCUACCACCUAUGAAUGGGAGCAUCUUCCAGAGACACUGAAUCUCUGAGAGAUUCUCCCAGUUGAUGGGUAGUGAGGGCGGGAGGAGGAGGAGCUGCUCUACAAGUCUGUUGGGCAAGCAUAACUCAAGGGCAAUAACUCAAGCCAAGAGAGCUCCAGGAUAAUUCACUUUUUUUUUUUUUGAAGAGGGCCCAAUGGGCAGUGGCAAAAGGAGGAACUGCCCCUGUUCAAGGGGGAAGCAGCAGGUGCAGCUCCUCAUCUUUCUGCUCUACAUUUCAAAUUGGUGAAUGGGAUAGGAUGCAGCGGCACCUCCUGCUGCAGAUUCCUCCAUUUGUUGAUUAGGAGGAGUCAUUGCCCACCAGUAAGCCCUUCUCUCCGUGCCCCCCCUUCUGAUUUCAUUUUUAAGGGUAGCCAUCAGUGUUCCUUCUAACAGGGAUUCCCAGAUGUUCUUGACUACAACUCGCAGAAUCCCCAGCUGCAAUGGCUUUUGCUUGGGGAUUCUGGGAGUUGUAGUCAACAACAUCUGGGGAUCUCUGUUAGAGGGAACACUGGUUGCCAUGCAAACCCCAGAAUGGCAACUUGUUAGUUAAAACUAUAUCUUAGCCCAGGGCUGCACAAUUUUGGCCCUCCAGCUGUUUUUGGACCACAUCUCCCAUCAUCCCAAGACUCUGUGGCCAGUAGUUUUGGAUUAUGGGAGUUGUAGUCCAACAUCUGCAGGAGGGCUGAAGUUCUGCAGCCCUGCUCUAGCCUGAUUGAGGUCACUGGAAGACUGUGUUAGAAAAUGUCUCUAUAAGCCUCAGACUCCCCCCCCCGCCGGCCAUUCAAGUAGAUCUCUGAGACCAAGUUGAACAUGCAGUACUUAAUCUGGACUAAUGGAAGCUGCUUUUAUAGACACUGAUAUUCUACAGUUCUGUCCUGUCUGAGUAUUUCAAUGUUACACUACAUCACAGCUGAGCAGGUUUUUGUGGCUUUAAAAAGGGAAAUACGUGUGUCUGUGUGCUUUGACCCACCGGCCAGGAAUAGUGCCUUACAUGCUUAAAACUUCAUGUUUCUGUGUCCAUAACCCCCCUGCUGGAUCAGACUCUACCUAGGUCAGCAUUCUGUUUCCCACAAUGGCCAACCAGAUGCCUCUGAAGGUCUAUAAGCAGGAGACAGAGGCGGAACUCCUCUUACUGUUGCUCCCCAGCAAUGGAUAUCCAGAGGCAUUGUGCGGCAACUUCUUUAAACGACUCCUGUGAGUGCCUUAGGCGAGUAUUCUUAUUGGCCAAAUCUGCUGGUCAGACCAAAUUUUUAAAACAGAGAGCUCCUGCUCUUAAUUAGCGGUAGCCUAGGUGACAGCCCAUGUGAUUGCCAGGACGUGAUUGAAGCGUUUAUUCCAAAGAGGAUGUUUUUUUUAAUGUGUUACACUAGAUUGAUGGAUGGUUCUGUUUUUGCAUUAUGUAUACUAAAUGUAGCAUAAUCAAGAGUAUGGUUGUGCUAAAUUAUGAAUUAAUAAUUUAAAAGUUGCUGUGUUGUGAAUGUACUCCACAGGUUGUUUGCUGUAUGGAUUUGUAACAAGCUGCUCUUUAAGCAAAAUGUUGAUGUAUGUGAUUGACUACUGCAUAGCCUAAUGUUUCAAACUAAGGAAAAAUGUUUAAACUCUUUAUACAUGUAGAAUAUCUUAUUUAAAUGCCAUUUUUUCAGUGGGAUCAGAGAUAUGCUUUCCACUGUGAUUUAGGACCUAAAAAGUUGGAGCUGCCAUGCAAAAACUGUGUAAUUGAAGCUGCAUUUCUGCAGUCUAUUAAUUUCUAUUAAAAGAAAUACAUGCUGAAUUUUCACCAAA